AUGGAGGCACAAGACCAUCCACUGCUUACACAGCAAGAAGACAAGCUACGAACGUCAGAAGACUCCGACGACCUCUCCGAUGGCGCGCCAGAUGUACGAGGCCUCAGAUCCAGCAACGAGCGCAAACUCUGGCCAUGGCUCGUCGUCUCUACAGUAACAUCAGCCGUCGUCUUUGGCUUCCUCGGCGCUCUCGCCUGCGCAGCCCUCCGCGACAUCCAGCCCUACUUCGAGGCCGACUGCGGCAAUAACGUCUCCCAGGCAAUAGCAAAAGGCUGCCACUACGAUGUUCAAACAACCGCCUGGGUUCCCGAAGCAUGCCGAGAUGACCCCAAAACUACCGCCGAGUACAAAAAAUGGCUGUGGGAUCCAGCUCGUAAGCCUACGCCUUUCCCAUACUUCGCCGAUCAGGCAGGGCAGGUAUGGUUGCAGAAUGAGGAAGUUAUGUCGAAGUUUGAAGGGUUGAUUUGGACAACGUGGGAGGAACAUUUGACGCACUGUGCUUUCAUGCCGAGACGGUUCAUGAGGACUUGGAGUACUGGACGGAGGAUCGAUAACAAAAUUGGUACUUCGGAGCAUGCGAGUCAUUGCACUGAUAUGCUGGUGGAUGUGGUGAAGAAUGGGAUGCAUAACGGUUCUGAUAUCACUACGAGAUUCCAUGUUGAUUUUGUGGGCUGUCCGGGAAAGCCUCUCAACGGUGAACAAGGGCUAUAUGAUUGA